AUUUCAUCCAACGGCUUUUUCUUCUCCCUCACAAGUCAAACACUGCUAACGUCCACACCCAAACACCUCUCCUCCCCCAGCUCUCCUCUCUCCUCCUCCUCCUCAUAUCCAAAAGUCAGUUACGGUAACGAAUGCGUAGUCGUCUGGAGUUGAUGAUGUAAAUCAAUCAAUCAAAGUCAAUCAAAGAAAAUGAAGCGGUUCGUCUACAUCAACGACGAUGAGUCAUCGCCUACACAUGAUCUUUACUGCGACAACCGCAUUUCCAAUCGGAAAUACACUCUCCUCAAUUUCCUCCCUAAAAAUCUCAUGGAGCAGUUCAGUCGGUUUAUGAACCAGUAUUUCUUGUUGAUUGCGUGUCUUCAAUUAUGGUCGCUUAUUACCCCGGUGAAUCCGGCGAGCACUUGGGGGCCGUUGAUUUUUAUAUUUGCUGUGUCUGCGACGAAAGAGGCUUGGGAUGAUUAUAAUAGAUAUUUGUCUGAUAAGAAGGCGAAUGAGAAGCAAGUUUGGAUUGUUAGGAAGGGGAUCAAGAAACAUAUUCAAGCGCAGGAUAUAUGUGUCGGUAAUUUAGUGUGGCUUCGUGAGAAUGAUGAAGUGCCGUGCGAUCUUGUUUUGAUUGGUACAUCAGAUCCUCAAGGGCUUUGUUAUAUAGAGACAGCCGCUCUAGAUGGUGAAAUUGAUUUGAAGACAAGGGUAACACCCUCUGCCUGCAUGGGGAUAGAUUUUGAAUUAUUGCACAAAAUUAAGGGUGUCAUUGAAUGCCCCAAUCCUGAUAAGGACAUCCGACGACUUGAUGCAAAUUUACGCUUGUUUCCUCCAUUUAUUGAUAAUGAUGUAUGCCCAUUGACCAUAAAAAACACAAUUCUUCAGUCAUGCUACUUGCGUAACACUGAGUGGGCGUGUGGAGUUGCUGUCUACACAGGUAAUGAGACUAAGCUGGGUAUGAGUAGGGGUAUACCUGAACCAAAGCUGACAGCUUUGGAUGCCAUGAUUGACAAGUUGACUGGAGCUAUAUUUGUUUUUCAAAUAGUGGUUGUUAUGGUUCUAGGGAUAGCCGGGAAUGUCUGGAAGGACACUGAAGCUAGAAAGCUAUGGUAUGUUUUAUAUCCAGAUGAGGGUCCUUGGUAUGAGCUACUAGUGAUCCCUCUACGGUUUGAGCUUCUCUGUUCCAUCAUGAUUCCGAUAUCGAUUAAGGUAUCUCUGGAUCUUGUUAAGAGCUUAUAUGCAAAGUUCAUUGAUUGGGAUAGGGAGAUGAUUGACCUAGAAACCGAGACUCCAUCCCACGCGACAAACACAGCAAUAAGUGAGGAUCUUGGGCAAGUUGAGUACAUUUUGACUGACAAAACCGGAACCCUCACUGAAAAUAAAAUGGUUUUCAGAAUAUGUUGCAUCAGUGGCAAUUUUUAUGGGAAUGAGGCUGGGGAUGCUUCGAAAGAUAAGCAACUGUUAAAUGCCAUUUCUAGUGGAUCUCCUGAUGUUGUUCGGUUUCUCACAGUCAUGGCAAUAUGUAAUACUGUUAUACCUGUCCAAAGCAAAACUGGAGCUAUCUUGUACAAAGCGCAAUCCCAGGAUGAGGACGCACUUGUCCAUGCUGCUGCUAAGUUAAACAUGGUCCUCGUCUGUAAAAAUGGAAAUAUUCUUGAGCUUAGAUUCAAUACUUCAGCAAUUCAGUAUGAAGUACUGGAAACUCUGGAGUUCACAUCUGAUAGGAAAAGAAUGUCAGUAGUGGUGAGAGAUUGCCAAAAUGGAAAGAUUUUGCUUUUGUCAAAGGGAGCUGAUGAAGCAAUUCUUCCUUAUGCUUCUCCUGGACAACAAACAAGGAUAUUUAAUGAGGCUGUGGAACAAUAUUCUCAAUUGGGGCUGCGCACAUUAUGCUUGGCUUGGCGGGAAUUAAAAGAAGAUGAAUAUGAGGAGUGGUCUUUUAUGUUUAGAGAGGCCAGUAGUACUUUGGUUGAUAGGGAGUGGAGAAUAGCUGAGGUCUGCCAAAGAUUAGAACGUGAUCUUGAAGUUCUUGGAGUUACUGCCAUAGAGGACCGUCUACAGGAUGGUGUUCCAGAAACAAUUUACACUUUAAGAAAAGCAGGAAUACAUUUUUGGAUGCUUACUGGAGACAAGCAAAAUACAGCCAUACAAAUUGCUCUCUCAUGCAACUUCAUUUCACCAGAGCCAAAAGGUCAGCUUCUAUUAAUUGAUGGAAAAACUGAAGAGGAAGUUGGUAGAAGUUUAGAGAGAGUUUUACUUACAAUGAGGACAACAGCUUCAGAACCAAAGGAUGUUGCAUUUGUUGUUGAUGGCUGGGCUCUUGAAAUUGCACUGAAGCAUUACUGGAAAGCAUUCACUGAAUUAGCAAUAUUAUCAAGAACUGCUAUAUGUUGCCGUGUGACACCAUCUCAAAAAGCACAGCUUGUACAGAUCUUAAAAUCAUGUGAUUACCGGACUUUGGCAAUUGGCGAUGGUGGGAAUGAUGUGAGAAUGAUACAACAAGCUGACAUUGGGGUUGGCAUUAGUGGGAGAGAAGGACUGCAGGCAGCCAGGGCAGCUGAUUAUAGCAUUGGAAGAUUCAGAUUUCUAAAAAGAUUGAUUCUUGUCCAUGGCCGGUAUUCGUAUAACCGAACUGCAUUCCUGUCCCAGUAUUCUUUCUAUAAAUCCCUACUGAUAUGUUUCAUCCAAAUCUUCUUCUCUUUUAUUUCAGGUGUCUCUGGGACCAGUCUUUUCAAUUCUGUUAGUUUGAUGGCUUAUAACGUUUUUUACACCAGCAUACCUGUUCUAGUUAGUGUCCUUGACAAAGAUCUUAGUGAAGAAACUGUAAUGCAGCAUCCACAAAUUCUGUUUUACUGUCAAGCUGGGAGGCUUCUUAACCCAAGCACAUUUGCAGGAUGGUUUGGCCGGUCCCUUUUUCAUGCGAUUGUUGUAUUUGUAAUCAGCAUACAUGCCUAUGCAUUUGAAAAAAGCGAAAUGGAGGAGGUUGGGAUGGUGGCACUCUCCGGAUGUAUAUGGUUACAGGCUUUUGUUGUAACAUUAGAGACCAACUCCUUUACAAUUUUGCAACAUCUUGCCAUAUGGGGGAACUUGAUUGCAUUUUAUGUCAUCAACUGGAUUGUCAGUGCCAUUCCAUCAUCAGGAAUGUACACAAUAAUGUUCCGGUUAUGUAGACAACCAUCUUAUUGGCUAACUAUACUGCUCAUCGUUGCGGCGGGGAUGGGUCCAAUUCUAGCUAUAAAGUACUUCCGUUAUACAUACAGACCCAGCAAAAUCAACACCCUUCAGCAGGCAGAACGUCUGGGUGGGCCAAUUUUGUCUCUCGGUAAUAUCGAGCCACCACAACAACGAUUGAUUGAGAAAGAAGUUGCUCCAUUAUCAAUUACUCAAUCGAAGAACAGAAACCCGGUUUACGAACCUCUUCUCUCCGAUUCUCCUAGCACCAGAAGGUCUUUCGGACCAGGAACUCCUUUUGAUUUCUUUCAAUCACAAUCCAGAUUAUCUUCAAACUACACAAGGAACUGCAAGGACAAUUGAGUUUUACGGGGUUGUUCUUCUUCUUCGCUGCGAUAACCAACGUAUAGAUGACAUAGUCGAGCUGUAAGCCGAAGCUUAUUUAUACAUUACUUGUAGUCUCUAGAUUGUAAAGGAUACAUUCCCCCCUCCUUACCCGAUUCUGUUGCGCGCUUCCCCAUAUUUUUGCAUCGGAUAUCAAUUCAUCCUCAGUAAAUGUUUAAAACUCGCAUUGAGCAAAUUUUACGUUAAAUGAAGUAAAAUUCAAGCUGUAGUAAAGUUCGAGAAAUUA